GCUCUCAGCCUGUCACACCCCUUUUCGUGCCUUGUCCUUGUGGUCAAAUGCAAGAAAAUAAGACAUAUUCUUGCAUUUUAAUAACAAACUAUUUAACAUACGUUGCUUCCUAGCAGCACCAUGGGAAAAUAUUUUCAUGCUUUCAUACUUAUUUGUUCUGGUUCAUGUUUCAUCAUCUCUCCACUCAUGGCAGGUGAUUUGAGGAAUGAUGUGGUCGUGGCACGUGAGGACACGUCUGUCAUUCUGUCCUGCUUUGAUUCACCACCCACAUCUUCUGUAAUGGUUACCUGGAAGAUGAUGACAACGAGGGAGGAUCGCUGGACAUAUUUGUUAUCAGCCAAGUGCACCGAUGGACAAACAGAUGGAAGCAGCAUGGAAUCUGGAGGCAGAACUUUUGAGAUCUCUGCAGAUGCCUCACUGAUCUUCAGGGCCACAGCAGCUGCGCAAGGACACUACGCCUGUGAGAUAAAACAGGAUGACAAGAAGCUACAUGAGAGGGUUGUUCUUCUCGCCCUGAUUAAAUUAACUGUCACUCCCACGCCCCCUGUCACAGUGGACAGUACUCUGAGACUGACAGCUCAGGUGUCUCCCUCCUCCGUGGCUGCCUGGGGAACGUGGGUGUCUCCCUCGGGUGAACAGCUACACACUGAAAUCUCCUAUGGAACGGGCAGUCUGCUCACCAAGCUGCCUCGCGUCACCAGUAAAGACAACGGAGUCUAUACCUGCAGAAUCCGUGUCUCUGGUAACAGUGACAGAUCUGUCUCGGAGCACCGGGUGAAUGUGACAGUGAAUGUGAAAGCAGUGUUUUCUUUCACAGACAUCACACAUGGAGUCGAAAGGUCUUUGGCAGCCCUCUCUCAUUCACUGGUCACUCUAACAUGUCCGUCUGUCCUUGGUGAUUAUGUGUUGGUCUAUUGGGUGAAGGCUGAUACAGAAAUAAUGGAGCUCAUAUUCCAGUUUGACCGCUGGAGGCGGAGCUACACAAACCAGACCAAACCCCAACUUCGUCUGAUAGACCCCGCCUCCCUGGCUGCUGCUGGGAACUUCUCCUUCCUGUUAAGGCCGACCCGGAUGGAUGGAGGACUUUACUUGUGCGAAGUCUUUCUAGAUGACAAGGUUUUCAGUCAAGCCAACAGACUCAGCGUUUUACAUGGAUACCCCAAGUCAUCCCGCACCACUCUGGAUCUUUCUUGUGUGUACUCUGAGCGAUCUCAAGUCAAAAAUGUAACGUGGUCGUAUGUUAAGAAUUCCACUCGCUCUCUGCGAUCACGUAGAGUUGUGGGCCGGAUCACAACCUCUGUAGCGCUCCCUGUGACCCCUGAGAGAGCUGGAGAGUAUGCCUGUACUCUGUAUCUGGAAAAUGGAAACUCGGUGCAAUAUACAUACACCGUCACAAUGACCAAUAUAGAACCAACCAUUUCUCCAGGCUCUGCACUGCCACCUGCAGUCUUUCUCACUCUCCCCCCAGCAGAUGAUUCACUACACCCUUAUGUUUCCACCUUCUCAUUCCUGCUGUUUCUGAUCCCCCUGAUUGCCGUAGCUGUUGGGGUGUUGCUAUGGAGACAGGGCUUUUGCGUCACCCGUCGAAAUGUCAAGCAAUCACAGUCUCACCACUCCAGAGAGGUGGAGAACAUCUAUGAAAAUCCUGAUGAUCUAAGACAGCAGACACCUCCCCAAGGCGCAGUCUACAUGGAUCUCAAGCCAAUGGGUGAAACUGAUGUAUAUAAAGAAUUAGAUAGAUACAACCAGUGCAGUGGUUGAGUUUAUUAAACAUAUAAUGUAUAUUGAGAUAAAGUAACUGUAUUUGAAAUACAACUUGUAAUUGACUUGUGUCUUAAUCUGUCAGUUAACUGUUACUAGUAUGGCACUCCUUCAAAGUUUCUCAUAAGUUUUUAAUGACUUUUUCUCAUUUCAUCUUUUCUUUCUAUUUCUUAUGUUUUUUCUUAUAGCAGUUUUAUUGUACUGUCAAUAAUAGUGCACUGUAAGAAAAAUAUGUUGGGAAAAGGGUAUAAAGUUAAAAUAAGGAUAUUUUCAGUGUGAUACUUUACUUUUAACCACAAAACACAAUACAAUGUAAUUCAAAAUAUGUGUAAAACACCUUUGAAAAUGUCUGUAAAUGUACAACUAUGGUUACCACUGUGUAAAGUUACAAUAAAUUCAUAUGGCAGUUGAUAAUUGG